CACCAAUCAUGACUGGUAAGGUAUUGUGAAAGAGAUUCAUUUACCAGAUCACAGAAAAGAGUUUUGAACAACAAUAAUGGAACAAGUACCAGAUACAGCCCAGCACAUGAUCGAGUGUGACACGGAAUCCUGUAGGAAAUUCUCUGAGUUUUACUGCAAUACCUGUCAUCAACGAAUCUGUGACCAAUGCAAACAGCCACAUCUAGAGCAGAACAUUGGACAUGAGAUUGUCCUCUAUCACGAGAGAAAAAGAAAACUUCCAUCAGAGAAAUGUAGGAUCCACCCCACCAAAAAUAUAGAUAUUUACUAUAAUGAUUGCCAGGAUCUUCUUUGUUCUACAUGCUUUGUCCAAAAUCACAGAAAUCAUGAUACCAGUGAUCUUGAAACCAUCUACAAUGACCUUCUACAGCAAUGUCAGAAGGAAAUAACUGAUAUCUGGAAAACAGACAUUCCUAAGGCUAGAGAUAAUGUUGAGACACUUGAAGAAAAAAGAGAAAAUGUCAAGAAAGAAAUUGCCAUUGUAAGAACUUCCAUGAAGGAGAGAGCAGAUGGACUUAAGAAGGCUGUUGACAGUAUACUAACUGAUAAUAAUAAAAAACUGGAUGACAUAGAGAAUUCUGUCCUUAAUGAAAUGGCGGAACAGCAGAAGAAAACAGAGGACUACAUAAAGUAUCUGGAAAAAAUGGUUGUAGACUAUGAGAGUAAAAUGUCAUCAAUAAAAUCCACUGAAUUAAUCAAUUUCCAUAAAGAUAUUUCAUUUGCUUUCCUGAAGAUGCCUAUCAAAGCUGAACCCAAACUGCCAAUUUUCACACUAGGUACACUUAAUAAAGAAGAAAUAGCCAAACAACUUGGUGAAAUUGAACUUGAAAUGUUUAAGCUUUCCUCAGUCAUAAAAGUAAGUGAAGUAACUAUCCUGGGACAAGGACUUUCUCCUUUGUCUCCCUUGCCUCCCAAUAAAUUUUGGGCUAGUGAAGUCUUGAAUAAUCUCAUUCAGUAUGAUAUGAAAGGAAACAUUGUACAGAAAAUAUCCACCAGUAUGUCGUAUAUUAUAGGUAGCCACACAGUCACUACAGAGGGGGAACUUCUUUAUACAGAUUACAAUGAAAAAACAGUCUACAGAGUAACUAGUGUCAUGUCCAUCAGCAAACUAAUUGAGACAGGGAACUGGGAACCUGGAGCCAUCUACUCCUCUCCUAUCAGUGGACACGUAUUGGUCGGGAUGAGGAUAAAAUCAGAUCAGAAAAUAACCAGAUACAACAGAAAAGGAAGGAAGUUACAAGACAUUCAGAGGGAUGAUAAAGGACAAACUCUCUACAAAAGUGUUAACUAUAUCACACAGAACAUUAAUGGUGACAUUUGUGUAUCAGAUUUUCAUGCCCGCAAGGUUGUGGUGGUAACUGCAUCAGGAGAGUAUCGCUUCUCUUACUCUGGUCACCAUUCUCAGUAUGGAUUUAUUCCCUAUGGAAUCUGUACAGAUGUUCUGGGACACAUUUUGGUGUGCAAUGGUUAUUUUAUGAAUGAUGGCAAUUUCUCCAAUGUCCAUCUGCUGGAUGUUAAUGGCCAGUUCCUGUCUUUCCUGCUCACACCAGAACCAUUUCCUAAAUAUUCCUGCAUGUGCUCUCUGUAUUGAUAAUCAACACAACCUCUGGGUCGGGGGAUGGGACAGUUCUACUGUCUCUGUGUACAAGUAUUUGCAGGAGACAGAAAAAUAAUAUUUUAUGUACAUCAUUGCUUAUGCUGGAUCAUUUUGUGUCACAACCCUGUUGGCGUGAGCUCGGUAACUACAAACAAAACAGUUUGACAAAUGAAUACUUGGUUUUGAAAUUAUGUUUUCCCUGGUGUUGUUGCUAUACAAUAUUUUUUAUUGUAUAUAUACCAAUCAUUUUUGUUUCAAGCAUAUUAAACAAGUU